AUGGGGUACUGCCUGAUUGCUACUGGGGUUGCAGAUGUCUUUAGGGUUCUGAAGAACGUCCUUUGUGGGUACCUGGCUGGUGUGUCAAACCUUACCAUAAGCAACACGCCCAAGAAAAGAAAGCCGAUAUGGCCAAAGAUUGCAAGAUAUGAUUGGCCUCCUAAUUGCCCUGUAGUGGAGGAUACUCGACCCUUGAUACCUUCGAUGAUUGAGAUGUCUAAUCUCUCAUUUCAACCAGCCCAUCCGAGGCCAACCGCUCCUUCAGCUUUUCGUGUAAUUACUCCACAAACAAGGAGAGCUCCUCUACCUACUUGGGAUCAACUGAAAAGGCUGGCUCAAGUAGCUGAACAUCGGCUGUCAGAAGAAAAUAUUCCAAAAACAGAGGCCAACAUGCUAUUAUCUAUGAUGGCAGUUCUUGCUGUUACACAUACCCCAUGGUCUGAGGUACGAGCUCAUCUUUUGGGACAUGUGCCCAACUUGACUGUAGAUAUUCUGCAGUUGCAACAAGAAGUGGAUCAGAUGUCAUCUGCUAAUCUCCAGCUCCUCCCGGGAGAAGAUGCCCUUUCCAUGGCUGCGGAAGGAUUGUCUACUCUGAACACAUUCACAUGGUUCUCCUGUGUCAACAACAAGCCCUCCAGCGGGCCAUAG